UUGACAAGCUCGGGAAAAGGACAUUUUCUCCCGGAACGUGCUGCUCCCUUCUCUCCUUUUUUGACAGACAGCUUUGGACGUCAGCACAACUACUUGCGAAUUUCUCUGACUGAGAAAUGUAACCUCAGAUGUCAGUACUGUAUGCCAGAGGAAGGUGUUCAGCUGACCCCUAAAUCAGAGCUACUAACUGCUCAGGAGAUAAUCACCCUAGCCAGGCUGUUUGUGAAAGAGGGUGUAGAGAAGAUCCGAUUGACAGGAGGAGAGCCUCUCAUCCGGCCUGAUGUGGUUGAUAUUGUGGGUCAACUGUACAAGCUGGAAGGGCUGAAAACCAUUGCUGUCACAACCAAUGGGAUCAACUUAGCCAGGCUGCUGCCGCGGCUGAAGGAGGCAGGAUUGAAUGCUAUCAACAUUAGCCUGGAUACUUUGGUCCCAGCUAAAUUUGAGUUCAUUGUCCGGAGGAGAGGCUUUCACAAGGUAAUGGAAGGAAUCCACAAAGCCACUGAACUAGGAUAUCAUCCUGUUAAGGUAAACUGUGUGGUGAUGCGAGGCUUCAAUGAGGAUGAACUGCUGGGCUUUGUGAAUUUCACAAAGGAUCUGCCCCUUGAUGUGAGGUUCAUAGAGUACAUGCCCUUUGAUGGCAAUAAAUGGAACUUCAAGAAGAUGGUGAGCUACAAGGAAAUGCUUGAUACAAUUAAACAGCGAUGGCCUGAGUUAGAGAAACUGCCCUGUGAAGCCUCCAGCACAGCUAAGAGUUAUAAGGUGCCACAUUUUCAAGGACAAAUCAGUUUUAUCACCUCAAUGUCAGAGCACUUCUGCGGAUCCUGCAACCGGCUGAGGAUAACGGCAGAUGGAAACCUAAAGGUGUGCCUUUUUGGAAAUUCAGAAGUGUCCUUGAGAGAUCACCUACGGUCAGGUGCCUCAGAGGAAGAGUUGGUCCAAGUUAUUGGAGCAGCAGUGGGCAGAAAAAAGAAACAGCAUGCUGGCAUGUUUAACAUUUCCCAGAUGAAAAACCGGCCAAUGAUCCUGAUUGAGGCUACAUUGAUGUCAUCCCCACUACACCAAGAUGCCCUGCAGAAUCCCCCAAGUUCAAAGCAGUGGGGCCACACAGUUAGUCAUCGGCUGACUUUGAGAGCACGUUUAUCCAAACAGACAGGAAAAACAUUCAAGAAAAAUAAGCUUACAGGACAGCUUAUCCUGCCAGUAUCUCACCCAGAGCAACAGCAGCACAUGAUGACAGGAAUUCUGCAAACUCAGCGCAGAGGCAGCUGUGUCUGCCGAAAGGACUUGAGCUCCAGCUUUGACACAAAGUGCCUUAAGAUAGAGACUUCUCCUGUUGGCCAAGUUUCUGUGGACUCUUGCUCCAAUGAGACAAGUCCAGGAUAUGAAUUCUUUAGCAGGGAUUCUGGGUCUUGCACCAAGGUACCUCAUGCCUCUGAUAGCUUGACUCACGCAGAUGAGGAAGGCCGGGCCACAAUGGUAGAUGUUGGAGGGAAGCUGGUUUCCAGAAGAACUGCUGUUGCUGGUGCUGUGGUCCACCUGGGUGAGAAGGCAUUUGGGAUGGUGAGGCAGAACCAGAUGAAGAAAGGGGAUGUGCUGGCAGUAGCCCAGAUUGCAGGAAUCCAAGGAGCAAAACUGACCAGCCAGUUAAUCCCGCUGUGUCAUAACAUCCCCCUCAACCAUGUUGAGGUGUCUCUGAGUCUGGAUGAGGCCAGACACGCAGUGGUGAUUCGCAGCUCCUGUCAGACCUGGGGGAGGACAGGUGUGGAGAUGGAAGCUCUAACAGCUGCCAGUCUGGCUGCCCUGACUGUGUAUGACAUGUGCAAAGCAGUCACUCACGACAUUGUGAUUGAAGAGGUGAAGUUGCUUAGUAAGACGGGUGGGCAGAGGGGAGACUUCUCAAGGGUCUAGUUCAUAUCCAGACACCUCUAGUCCUCCUCAGGUGGCCACUGCUCACAUAUAGCCUCUUCAUGGAAAAAGCUUUUGCCCAGCUGCAUUAGGCUUCGAGACCUCAGCAGAUGUACCCUACAACAACCAUGUAACUCCACUUCUAACCUUACCCUUUCUGCUGCGUGAACAGUGGAGCCACCUGCUAACUACAUCUGUUUUUUAGAGGACAGACUUCUCCACUCAACCAAUAACUUCAUUUCAGUGUCCUCAUCAUGAGCUUGAGUAGAGAUUCCCAGUUAUACCACAAAGAGGUUUUUUUUUUUUUUGUUCCUUCUUGCUGGGAAGUAUUCACAGCUGCUGUCAUCACACCAUGCAACUGUGAGCUCUGGAAAUGAAGCUACUGCUGAAAGCACAGUUAUUUGGCAACUAUUUUUAAGCCAAGGAUUAGGAUUUGAGAAUUGUCCCCCCCCUCCCCGAAAGUUGAAUUUAAAGGGUGACAGAGAAGAAAACAGCUCAGGAACCUUACUAUACAUACAGCAGAGAUGAUAACUGUGGAACAAUCAGGGUCAGCUCCUCUCCCUUUGCGUUGCUACUGCUUCUGUUGUCCACAAGUUAGAAAUAUCCACAUAUCAAUUUCAAAAAAAAAAAAAAAAAAAGGCAGCUGCCCAGCCCUCUGCCUUGAGUGCUCUGUGAAGCAUGACGUAGAACAGGUGGUUUCUGAUGCUGGAAGAGUUAUGUCGCUGAUCUGAAAGAUACCUUUUACAAUGUUAGAAGCAUGUUCCAACAUUUUGCCCUUAGCUCUUAAGUACAUUGAGGCCCUGUGUCUGCAUGCUGAAGGGCUUAAUUAUGCCCUAUAACGAAGCCAGUGUCUGCUCUCCCUGAGUUCAGAGUAUACAUUGCACCAAGACCCAAAAGACUUUUUUAAUCCUACAGCCAGCUUCCAGUGACUAGUCACAUUUAAGUUGCCAGGAGGAAUGGUCCUAGGGCUUUUAAUAACUUUGGUAAUUGACUGCCCUAGAUAAUUACUCAGCAUUGUUUUAUUAAUAGUGAUAGAGCCUUUUAAAUAUUCAUUUAAAUGCUCAGACUAAACACAGUAUUUUCAGCUUUGGUUUACUUGUUUUCCAGUGCUUAUGGCUACUGUGAAGGCACACAUAGUUCAAGGUGCUCCCUCUCAAUACGCACACAGAGUUGAAGAGACAGCUCUAACAGCUUGAAAUAGGCUAUUGAAAAAAAGUCUUAAACUUUGCCUGGAGCCACUGCCCAUGAAAUAAGCUGAAGUUACGCUGAGCACCAGUAAAGCGCACACCACACUAUCAUGCAUCCUGCUCACUUAGAGCUGUGCUUACUUUAUGUUGCGGCAGUAGUAGAUUUUUUUUCUCUGUAAAUAUAUUUACAUAUGCUUUACAACUCUCACACACUAGUUACCACAAAAGGCACUGAAAUAGCACCUUUUUCCAUUGCAGGUGCAUUAAUUUGGUUCUUUAUUCAUUGUUACUGUGAGAUAAGACACAUAGAGCAACGCACACCUAACAGCUACUUCUGAGCCUGCUCAGCAGCAGACAAGGGGAAGGAGUCUGGAAAGAUUGAUGGUAGAGAGAAAGAGAGCGAGAGCGGCCCAGCUCCAUAAAGAUUUGUAUGUCUGUAUUUAGUGUUAUAGUUGUAAUUCCCUUGAUGUCACAUAAGCUGGUGGAUUUAGCACUUUAAAAAAAAAAAAAGAAAGAAAAAAGAGUAGUGACCGCGUAUCCAAGGUUCAUUGGCACCAAGACUUGCAAACAAACAGCUGCUUGCUCCUAGGAGUCCUAACCCAUGCUCCUUUCCUAGGAGGCUGCCUGACGUCUGUGCUGCCUAAAGUGGAAAAAGAAUGAACAAUACAGAGCACACUCUUUCUCCUACAGCAGAGACCCAGUUGUCCUCUAGUUUAUGCAGAGGGAAGAAGCCUGACCUGGCUUCAGUCUAAUGAAUGAGAGAGACAACAAAACAGUAACUGGAGGAAAGACUAGACCCUUGGGCUCUCCUAUCACUGCCUUGGGGAAAAAAAAAAAAAAUACAUGACUCGCAGGUUGGCCUUUGCAGGAGAAGCCUUCCUGUGAGAGGCUUCUGAGUUGUUAACUGUACCACCACGUAAAGAUGCAGUGGUGCCAUCUUCUGCCAAAGUCAGCCGCAGUGAACUCCUUCCUGGCCUCAUUAUGUGCUCUCAUGCCUUCUCCACCACUAGCCCUAGCACAGCCGCUGCUUUGUGCCUCAAGAAUCCCAGUGGGACCAUGCAAAUACAAGACACUGUGUCCAUCUGUGGAGCUGCUACACUAGCUUCAGUAGCUCAGGACUGGAACAAAUUGCCUGGGAAAGGAAGCAUGUGUGUAGCACCAUGCUCCCUGCUGAGUUACCUGACUUAUACAAGCACUUAGCCGCCCCUCCCCCCCCCAAUCCCUCACAACCACGCACAGGUACCCUGACCUCCCCUGCCUUCAUCCAGUCACUAGGUAGUUCUCAAAAUUAGAAAGAAACUAGACAUAGUAGUGAUCAAAUGAUGCUUUGGGGCAUAUGAUUUUUUAACAAGUUUGCUGGCAUGUUGUAGGAGCUCGUACAGACGACUUUAGCUCACAUAAGGGACUACAGCGCACACAUGACUGAAACGCACAUCUGAAAACUCACUACUUCCUCUCUGGGUUUGACAGUGCCCUAAGCUUCCAAAUUGACAAACAGAUUUUGGUGCCAUGUUAUGCUAUUACAUUGUCAAGUCUUGAAACUAUGCACAUUAAUAGAUAUUGAAGCAAGCGUAAUUCAAGAGACUAUGCUGCAAGAGAAGUGAGUUGACAGCAUUGUAUGUUUCAGUGCUGCUGGGUGGGCAAUGGUACUACUACAUGUUGAAGAACUCAGUAUUUUUGGAAGCAUGCUUUUGUCCACUGCAUUUUUAAUAAAUGCUAGUUGUAACUGCA